UUUUCGAAAAUGAAAAAUCCCCGCCCAUUCUCCGGUUCUCUCUCUCACCGUCGCCUCGCCAGCCCUAAUCUGAUCUUCACCGUCGCGCUGCCGCUGGCGACCUCAUCUUCCUCCUAGAAAAACCUGAAUCGAACAUAUCAUCAUUUUUCUCCUCAAGAAAUCUUCGCCGCGUUCCCUAUCUCGCCUUAAGAAACGGGAUGAAAGGAGCAGGUGGCGACCAAACUUGUCGCAGAUGCUAAGAUGGAAUCACUCAAUUUCAAACUGUAUGAAAAAUACAAGAAUUUGAAGAAAAGGAAGAUCUCAGAUGAGGAAGAGUGGACCCAUGCCAGAGAUGCUGAGUUGAGAAGUUAUCAGUCUGUUGUGGGGGACUUAAUAGAACAGUUGAAUAAAGAAAAUAAGGGGCUUCACCAAAAUUUGUAUGCAUUUCAGGAGAAAUAUGCUGAAUGCAAAAAGUUACUUCUUGAAGAGGGCAAGAGAUCCAAAGAGCUUUCAGAUGAAGUUGAAAAACUCCAGAAUCUUGUACUAAAGAGAAAUGAUACGAGUGAUACCCUAUUGAUCACAUCUCCGAGUACCAAUUCUAGAAUUAGGUCUCAAGUGAUAACUAAAGGCCCACAAGGACAGAGAUUACCAGAGUCAUAUCAGGAAAUUGUAACUCAAAAUAAAGUUGGUGCCAAUAUGCAAGAGAACAGCGGAAGAUACUUUGCUAGUUCAGGAACAAUAGAUAAUGGAUCAGAGGCUUGCAGCAAUUUUGUUUUCCAAACUCUUAUGAGGUUCUUAGUUGGCAUGGAUUUUUAUGUUGAUAAUCAAAUCGAAAGCCUCAGUAUUCUGGUCGUCCACAAAACAAGUGGUUACACUUUUACCUUAACAUGGAUACAACAUGAAAAUGAUGAAGGCGAGUGGAUGUAUCACGUUACUUCACUGGGGACACUAGAAAGUGUAGCUUUGGAUUGGAUGAAGGAGGACAUCAUGUUUAGUGCAGCUAUGUGUUGUGAUUUCUUCGAGAGAGUAUCGCUCAUCAUUGGGCGACAGUGUAGUUUUUGAUUGUGCUGGUCUCGCAUAAUCUAGUGAAGUGCAUUUUGCCCAUCAAAAUCAUUUUACUUAACUUUGUAAGUUGACAUUUUUUUAAU